AUGUGUGACAGGAAGCUAGGCAUUCGCUUUUAUCGCUUGGACUCCCUUGUUCCAAACACAUUUAUGUGUAUGAUGAUGUUUUCGAUCAUGAUGACCAAAACUUGCCACCACUAUGCUGCGCCACAGUGCAUCUCCUGCCUCGGAAAAGCUCAUUCUCCAUCUUUGGAGGAAGGAUGCAAGUUUAUAGGUCCAUCUGGCAAGGUCUUUACACUCCCCGGCAACCCAGCCAUUUUUUCAUUCCAGACCCACUAUGGAAUCCAUAUGGAAUUUCCAUGGAAUGAUGCAUUCCAUAUGGUUUCCAUGGACUGGUCCAUGUGGAUUCCAUGGAAUUUCCAAUGA